AUGUUACCUAUCACUGCGGUCAAGGGCAAAGAUUCAUCAACUGACGACAACGAACGAAAAAAAAGUCAGUAUCAACAACGAGAUAUGAUCAUAGAUCUUCUUAAACACUAUUCAACCGCUACACUUGAUAUGAAAUACUUUCAAGACAAAAAUAAUCGUAUACCAUUCGCACGUUGUCGUACAUGUCUACAUACUCGAACGAUCUAUGAUUUUGAGCUAGAAGAUCUUGAUUUGAAGAAACAAUCUUUAUCAAAAUAUAGAAAUCAAUUAUGUUUAAUUGUGAAUGUUGCGACAUUCUGA